AUGGCACGUAUGUUCGAAAGACUCUUCGUCAAGUUGAUUGUGAAUGCGAAUAUACUGACUUACAGUGAAGAAGUUGGCAUGGAAAUGUUUACAUACUUUCCUUACUCAAGUGGUGAUUGUCAAUCCCAGAAACCUGUUAAAAUAUAUGAAUUGAAAGAUGUUCAUUUCCUUUCCAAAAAACGGAUGCAAUUUACUAAAUUUUUUCCAUCAAAGCUUUCGAAUUUCAACGGCUGUCCUCUUAAGAUAUCUAUCGCACCAAUUAAACCAUAUAUUACUUUGCAUCCCAAUGAAAUGGGUCUUAAACGUAUUUCGGGCAUUGAAGGAAAACUAGUUGAACUGAUUGCUAUUAAAAUGAAUUUUAGUUACGAAUAUCAUAUAUACGAUAGUCAGCAUAUUGGGUAUGUUUUUCCUAAUUUGUCAACUACGGGAGUAUUUAAAGAGCUGGCAGAAGGACGUGCAGAUUUUGCUCUUGGAGGUACGAGUUGCACUCAUUUUCGUAUGCGAUUAUUGCCUUGUUCCAAGCAGUAUUUCAUGUCAAAAGUACGUGUUAUGCUUAAGCCUGGUGGACAUUACACAGCUCUGGAGGUAUUGUUUUAUCCAUUUAAAAUAGAGGCUUGGUUGCUUUUAUUCUCGUUAGUGAAUAUACGAAUUUUGCUAAAGCUACUGAGUAAGCAUCUAGAAGUCCACCAGGGAUUUGUGCAACUUUUAUUAAUUGCAUGGUUAUUAAUGAUAUUCUUUUAUCGAAUAUCCUUCGAAGGAUCUUAUUUCAAAUUUUUGCAUAAUCAACCACUUAAACCAUUGCCUUCAAAUGCAGAAGAAAUGAAGAAACAGAAAUAUGGUGUUGUAUCAGAUUUGUGUCAUAUACGUUUUAAAGAAUAUUAUAUUGAUUUAAAAAUUGGUGUUAUUAAGGAUUUCACUCUUUGGGAAACUAUUGAAUUUAUCAGGGAUACCAAUGAAAAAAUUGCUGCUUUAGUUAAUAUUGAAAUACUGACAUAUUAUCUUAGUAAAAAUACAGAAGAACGCGGUAAUUUUUUAGUGAUUAAAGAUGGCAUGAUGCUUGAUCCACUUUUGGCUUCCUAG